AUGACCACACAAAGCAAUACAGUUCGGAUUCUACCUACAAUGGACUUGCCUGUCGGGCAUCGCUUCGUCGAACCUAGCAAGAAGAUCAACGAAUCGCACGAUGUGUCCGCCUUCUUGACUUCACGAGCUUAUACCGAUAUUAUGACCUUUUUAUUACAACUAAAUCGAUCGAUGUUUCCUACAAAACUCCCCGAUGGAUCUACACAAACCUGGCCCUUGAAUACCGAUGCGGUGCAGUUUUCUACACCGGUCCGCCAGCUGCAACAGCUGCUUGCGAAACUUGAGGAUAUGAUGAAGGAAGCCCCGCCCGACACCGGUCCACGACGGUUCGGAAAUAUCAGUUUUCGUCGAUGGUAUGAGAUUGUGGAGGAUCGGGUGUCUGAUCUGCUGAAAGAGACCCUCUCGACUGAAGUUUUGCAAGCGCGGACAGCAGAUGCAGAGGGUCUCACAGCGGAGGCGGAACUGAAGGCAUAUUUCCUCGGCAGUUGGGGCAGUGCACAAAGGUUGGAUUAUGGGACAGGACAUGAACUGAGCUUUUUGGCUUUUCUGGGUGCUCUCUGGAAACUAAAUGGGUUUUCAAAGAGCGAGCCUGGUGUCGAGGAGAGAGCUAUCGUGCUCGGGGUAAUCCAACCGUAUUUGAACCUCGUGAGAUCUCUAAUCAAAACGUACACUCUCGAGCCUGCAGGCUCACACGGAGUCUGGGGACUCGAUGAUCACUCCUUUGUCCCAUACAUCUUCGGUUCUGCGCAGUUUUCCCCGGCGAUCAACGACACCGACCUUACCCCAGAAGAGGGCUCAUUACCCGAUGCACCUGACCCGGGCGGAGUCGUCAAAGCCAACAUCGUGGAACGAGAGAGGGAAACGAACCUCUACUUCUCAGCCAUCGGAUUUAUCAAUGAUGUGAAAAAGGGGCCCUUUUGGGAGCACAGUCCCAUGCUGUAUGAUAUCUCGGGCAUUCGAGCCGGAUGGGGGAAAAUCAAUAAAGGAAUGCUUAAAAUGUACAAUGCAGAGGUUCUGUCCAAGUUCCCUGUUGUGCAGCACUUCCCAUUCGGGUCACUUUUCAGCUGGGAGCAGGAUCCCAGCGCCAUACGUCCUCCGGCAACCGCCCAUACAAAAUCCGGCCCACAGGCGCGGCCUGUUGCCCCAGAAUCCGGUCCCGCAUCAGCUACCCCACGGCCUGUGCCCGGUGCUGGAACCAAAGCUCCCUGGACAAGUGCAGGACCCGAGACACGAGCAGCUCCUCCGAUGGGACCAACUGCCGCCCCCUGGGCUGCCACUAGACGAGAAGGCCCUCCGACAUCUACCUUAGGUGGUCCAGCAAGGACACCCACAGGGAUUUCAAGGCCACAGCCCGGGCCCCUGGGUUCUACCAAAGCUCCUCGGGCAUCAGCGACAGCCCCGGCUGGAUCGACUGGUGAUUUGCACACCAAUGCGCCGUGGACGAAACCAGGAUAA